CCCAACACGUUUCUCUUCGCAGCUUCGUUGUAGUCCAAUUCCAACUUCAACUCCAAUCCGAUUACCAGAAAACCCAAUUCCCGAUCUGGGUCUUCGGUUUCCGCCGCCGAAACCAGAUGAAACCUCGUACAGAGCCAUGGCUAUUGGCUCUACUGCUGAUUAUGUUCUCUCUCUUCUCAGGAGCCAAGUCGAAGUGCGGCGACCCCCAGAGCUGCGAGGCUUGGGCGUCGUUCUACGUCUGGAAGGGCUCCAAUCUCACGUUGAUCGGCAACCUCUUCGACACGACGCCCGAGAACAUCGAUCUCCUCAACGACAACGUGCCAAACAAGGACAGCGUCGAGUCCGACAUCAGAAUCAACAUCAACUUCUCCUGCGGCUGCCUCCGGGGCGAGUUCCUCGGCCACGUCUUCGACUACGACGUCGUACAGGGCGACACGUACGAGCGGGUCGUGACGAACUACUCCGGUUUGACGACGGUCGCGGCGUUGACGGCGUACAAUGGGUACGACCCCAAUAAUAUUCCCAACACCGGGAAGCUGAACGUUACGGUGGAUUGCAUGUGUGGGGACAGAGCGGUUUCGGACAAGUAUGGGUUUUUCACGACUUACCCUAUCCAGUCCGGGGACAGUUUGGGAAAUAUUGCGUCUACCUAUAAUAUUUCGACAGAUUUGCUGCAGAGGUAUAAUCCGGGUGCGAAUUUUAGCAACGCAAGUGAGAUUGUGUUCGUCCCAACCAAAGAUCGAAAUGGUAGCUAUCGGCCUCUGAGUUCCAGCUCAGGAGGAUUGGGAGGUGGAAUUAUUGCUGGUAUAAUUGCGGGAGUAGUUGCUGUGGUGCUGUUAUUGGCGUUUUGUAUUUACGUCAAGUUUUUCCGAAAGAAGGUGGAAGGAAAAUUGAUUCCUGCAGCAUCUGAAGAUCAAUCUUCUCAUCGUUUGCAGGCGACUGAAAAUAGCUCGGACAAAGUUGCAACUGCUCCUGGUAGUGCAGGCCUUGCAGGUCUAACUGUUGACAAAUCAGUGGAGUUCUCAUACGACGAACUUGCUGGGGCUACUGAUUACUUCAGCAUGUCGUAUAAGAUUGGUCAAGGUGGUUUUGGGGCUGUUUACUAUGCCGAGCUGAGAGGCGAGAAAGCUGCUAUCAAGAAGAUGGAUAUGCAAGCAACAAGAGAAUUUUUGGCUGAAUUGAAGGUUUUAACCCGUGUACAUCACUUGAACCUGGUGCGGUUGAUUGGCUACUGUGUUGAGGGCUCUCUUUUUCUAGUUUACGAAUUUAUCGAGAACGGAAACUUAAGCCAACACUUGCGCGGUUCAGAGAGGGAGCCUUUGCCGUGGUCUACUAGGGUUCAGAUAGCCCUGGAUUCAGCAAGAGGGCUGGAAUACAUUCAUGAGCAUACCGUUCCUGUUUAUAUCCAUCGUGAUAUAAAAUCAGCGAAUAUAUUGAUAGACAAGAACUUCCAUGGAAAGGUUGCAGAUUUUGGAUUAACUAAGCUGACUGAAGUCGGUGGUUCAUCUCUUCCAACGCGUCUUGUGGGAACUUUUGGAUACAUGCCUCCAGAAUACGCGCAAUACGGAGAUGUGUCUCCCAAGAUAGAUGUAUACGCGUUCGGGGUUGUCCUUUACGAGCUCAUUUCUGCCAAGGAGGCCAUUGUGAAGCUGAACGGUUCUGGAGCUGAGUCAAAGGGCCUUGUUGGUUUGUUUGAGGAGGUUCUUAAUCAGCCUGAUUCUAUGGAAGAGCUCACCAAGUUAGUUGACCCUAGGCUCGGAGAUAAUUACCCGCUCGACUCAGUUCGAAAGAUGGCACAACUAGCCAAGGCAUGCACACAUGAGAACCCACAACUACGUCCAAGUAUGAGGUCCAUUGUGGUUGCUCUAAUGACACUUUCAUCGACCACUGAAGAUUGGGAUGUUGCCUCCUUCUACGAGAAUCACGGCCUUGUCAAUCUAAUGUCAGGGAGGUAGAAUCCCAUGGUGCAAUAUUGUUAAUUGUUUCUUUUGAGCUCUCUCUCUCUCUCUCUCUUGUUACCAUUAUAGUAUAUUGUGAAUAAUACCAAAUUGAAAGUACUCAAGACGUUCUAGAUGUGCAUAGAUGAGAAAUGUUGUAAUAGUCUCUGUAAAUCUCAUUUAUUAUUUGAUUAAAUACAGCUUAACUAAUGCUUUUUGAGCUUUAUAGUAAAAAAGAGCAUGAGGGGUUUGUGUAGA